AUGGCAAUGUGGGGCUCCGCAGCGCAGGACGACUCUUGCCAGCUGCAGCAAGCCUUGGACUUCGGCGAUUUUCUUGGCUUUAGUUUGAAAACAGGUAGCACGCUACGAAUUGUUGCGAGAAUAAUCGCUGCAGUUCCUUCGCAAGACCUUGGACUCCAACUCGUGAGCCAGGUCGGUGGAGGUUGUGGUGGUUUGGGCGGGGAGAGACAAGUUCUGGUGGCGGUGGAUGGGGAUGAGGCUUGA